GGUUCGCAAGCCAUUUCAGUCAUUCAGUUACAUUCCACCCACCAGUAACAGCGAAUCGGCGAUUUACCGAGUAUAUUCAAGAAAAACCGGUUAAUAUUACUUCAAAUCAAAUCGAAAUUUUUAAACCUGCCGAGAAUGUGUAACUUGAGCCAUUCCAUUGAGUCUAUCAAUGUUACCGACAACGAAAAAUUCACCCAUCCGAUUGUUUUAGUUAAGGGUGUGAUAGUCAAUCGUUGUGAGGCAGGUGAGUUGAAAUUGCAAAUCGAUAAUUGCGAUUGGCCAGCAUCCAAAGAUGUAAGAUUCAUCAAUGACAAGCGAGGUCAAUUUAAAGUGAUAUUUAGGCUUAACAACGGUGUAAAUAGGGUGUCUCUUGUUUACUGCCAUCAUGAGAUGGAAAUUAACUUAUUCUUCGAGGCUUCAGAGAAUCCUUAUUCGGUUACCCCUCUAUAUAUAAUAUGCGAAGGGCACGAUGGACGUUACCAAUCGGAUACAGAAGAAAAUGAUGUCGAAAAUGCGUGCCGUAAAAUUUCUCUCGGAAUCGAGCUAGUGCAAAGCCUGUACGCGGAAAAACUUUCGGAGAAAGGCUGGGGUAGAAAAACUUUCACUAUAAGCUCGACCUGUUUACCAUUUCAUAGUUUACUACUGAUCGAAGAGUCGAAACAAAUGUCUGAUCAACAACUGUGGAACUAUUUUGCCAAGGAAAUUCUGCAGUCAGAUUUAUUCUUAUCGGAGAAGCAGAAAUUCAUAGGCUUCAUCAGCAGUACCUAUUACGAAGGGAUAUCAGAUAACGAUUUCUCGUACGAGAAUAUCAAACGCAGAACGACCGGUAAUGCUGCCCUAGGAGGAGGCGGCCUGGCCCUGUUCGGCACCGGUUGCCUCUACACGUGGCCUAGUAAACUGGAAGAUAUUGUACCUGCAUUUUUGAACACUGCACUAGUUGAUCGAACACUGAUGAUGGAUGAUAGCAAUUACCGACACACCUACGGUGGUUGCUACGCUACUACAAUCGGUUCAGUUUGCCAUGAGAUGGGCCACAUUUUUGAUCUUGGUCAUACGAAGGAUGGCAUCAUGGGUGCUGGUUUGGAUCAUAUAAACCGUGUUUUCACCUUGAUAACGAACACCGAGGAUCUGCCGGAUCGAAUCGUCGGUCGUCAUGCGCCCACACGAAAAUCAAUGAACAGUAAAUUGACUCAGAUAAAACGCCCGGGAGAAUUCUUGCGAAAGUACCAACAGCAAAAGGAAAGUGAUGUUACAUUUUUUGCAGACAAUUGUGUCAUAACGUUACAGUUGCAUAAAUGGUUCAAUUGCGGUAUAAGCACUGGGGACAAUAAUUGUGAUACUAGGAUAAGCUUCAAUUUUGUAACACGGCACGUAACAAGUGUUAACUCCACGCUCAAACUGAUUGAGCUACGUGACAAAGAGGAUGGAAUGCUUAAGAUAUAUUGGUCCUUUUUAGACAGCGAUACUGAAUGCUUUCAGAUUCCCGAGGAGAUCCAAUUGGAGGGACUGACGUUGUUUGUGAUUGAUAAUUUUGGUAAUAUUUUGAAGCAGGAUUUAUAAAAUAUAACAGUGAUAAUAAAAUGAUAAUUAAACAAACAUUUAUAGUCGGUAUCAGAGUCUUGUAAAGCAUAGUUUUAGCAAAACCCGACCAAAGUCAAAUCAAUAUUUAUUGUUAGAACAAAAAAUGAGAAGUAGCUGAUAGCUAAAUUAAAAUUAAAAGAAAUCAAAAUGUAUUUAGAAGACCCCGUAGAGAGAUUUCGAUUUUCUCUUCCAAAUUAAAUGUGUUCCAAUGAAUGCUUAAAUCGUUCAAAUCUAGUCAUAAUAUAAACUGAAUGCUAUUUAUGCAAUGAAUCUAUGGCAUACUAAAAAAUAAAUAGA